ACAGACAGACAGACAGAGAGACAGCUCUGUUCGUUUUAUUCUGAAACGUUAAUUAAAGAAGGAAAGAUGAGGAUGAACACGAUCAGAAAGAAUCAAAGGGAUGUAAAUCACAUAUCAGCGCUGUAAGGAGACAGGACGUGAUCACAGAGGUGUUGGUGUUGCAGCGUGAUGAUUGGAUGGAGGAGGCGGAGCACAGCCACUACGUCGCUCAGCUGAAGGCAGAGUUCGACAGCUGCGACACGACGGCCACGGGCUUCCUGGACAGAGAGGAGCUGACGGCGCUCUGCCACAAACUGCAGCUGGACGCUCACCUGCCGCUGCUGCUCGACACGCUGCUGGGAGAACGCACCUACGGCAGGGUGAACUUCGAGGAGUUUAAAGAAGGCUUCGUGGCCGUCCUGUCUCGCUCUCUGGACUUCAGCACGUCAGAGGACGACAGCAGUUACCUGGAGCCAGUUGUUCCAGAGGAGGUGAAGCCGAAGUUCGUGAAGGGAGCGAAGCGUUACGGCCGGCGCUCUCGUCCUGACAGUGAACCUGACGCCGCGCUGACCUGCGACUCCGAGGACUCACCGCCGUCCAGAACCGAGGCCACGGACUCGUCGCCUGCCGGCGUCCGCAGGGCCAAACUGAGGCGGUCCACGUCUCUGGAGAGCGUCGAGAGCCUGAAGUCUGAUGAGGAGGCAGGAAGUCAGAAGAACUUUCAGUCUAAAGCUCCUCAGCAGGAGGAGGUGCAGCUGGGCAUCGUCGGAGGAGGAGGAGGAGGAGGAGGAGGAGGCCAUGUCCUGACAGCAGUUUGUGAUCACCUGGGGCUGACACAGCUCAGUACAGAGGAGCUGGACCUGCUGCUCAGAAAGCUGGACCCCGACCUGGAUGGCAGAGUCAGCAUCAGGGAUUUCCAGAAGGUUCUCUGUGGCUCCGUCCCCGUCUCCUGCUCCACCCCCAUACGACCUGCUGACCUGCAGAGGGCGCCACACAGGUCUCAGUCGGUGUUAGAGGAGCGCUCGGCUCGUUCCACCUCGCCCUCCCUGCUGACGGCCACAGUGGGUCAGAGAGUCCUCAGCCGGCUGGACGACGGAUCAGGAUGCACCAGCCCCGAGCGGGUCGUCGCCCUCUGGACCGAGGAGGGCAUCAAGAACAGCCAGGACAUCCUGCAGACUCUGGACUUCCCUCUGGAGGAGCGUCUCAGUCUGGCAGACCUGACUCUGGCUCUGGACAAUGAGCUCCUGGUCAGCGGGAACGGCAUCCACCAGGCGGCGCUCAUCUCCUACAAGAACGAGAUCCAGCACCUGCAGGUGGUGGCGGAGCAGGCCUGCAGAGAGCGUGACAAGGUGAAAGCAGACCUGGACCUGGCCGACCAGAGGAACCUGCAGCUGGUCAGAGAGGUGGACGACCGCCACGCCAGCAUGGAGACGCUGAACCAGAGCAGGAUCAGGGACCUGGAGCAGGACUUCCGUGAUAGGCUGACGGCUCUGCGCAGUCAGUCGGAGCAGGAGAGCGAGGUGCUGCUGCAGCUGGCGGAGAGGGAGCGCGGCUCGCUGCAGGAGGAGCUGCAGCUGCUGAGAGCGCAGGAGGCCGAGCUGCAGGAGGAGCUCUGCAGCACCGCACAGGAGAACAGUCGUCUGGAGGAGGAGCUCAGUGCUGUGAAGCUGAAACUGACUGAAGCUGAGAGCUCAGUGAACAAACUGCAGAGAGACCUGGACCAGCUGCUGCACGACAAGUUUGGUGGUUUGGACCCGGCUGGCGCUGGACUGAGUCACGAGGAGCGAUUCUCUGAAAUCAUCAAGGAGUAUGAACUUCAAUGCAGGGAGCUGCGGGACAGAAACGAUGAGCUGAACUCAGAGCUGGAGCUGCUGAAGAGUCAGAGGAGCGACAGGAAGUCCAGACGAUCUGCAGGAGACUCCGCGCUGAGCUGGACCGAACAACGCUCAGCCAGCGCAGAGUCCGACUCUGACGACUCGGACAUGAAGCGCAGCUCGUCUCCGCUGGUCAGGAAGAAGCUGCAGCCGCACGAUAAAACCGCUCUGUGCUCUCUGGACAGUGGCUCUGGUCCUGCCGUCAGUAUUCAGACUGAACUGGCUCUGGAGCAGCUGAAGCAGAAACACAACCAGGAGCUGCAGCAGCUGCACAUCCAGCUGGAGACACAGGUGAACUACUAUGAGCGAAAUGUGGAGCUGAUGAGGCAGAGCAUGGAGGUGGAGCGUAAAGACAUCUCUCAGGCCUUCAAGCUGGAGAUCAGUGAGCUGGAGGAGCAGAAGGCUCAGGCGGAGCAGCAGGUCAAGCAGCUGAAGGAGGCUCUGGACAAACUGCAGACUCAGAUCCAACAUGGAGGAGGAGGAGGGUGGAGCAACGAGCAGGAGCGCAGGGUGCAGCGGGAGCGGGCGGAGCUGGAGCAGAACUUUGCCCGAGAGAUCAGUAACCUGGUCCAGAGACUGAGCGCGGAGAAGGAUCAGCUGGAGGCCGAGCUGAAGCUGAAGAUGGACCAGGAGGUGAUGCUGGUCAGGGAGGAGUCUGAGCAGCAGCUCUGUCAGAUGAAGCUGCAGCACGCUGAGGCUCAGCGCCGCCUCCUCCACCAGCUCCACCAGGAGCGCCAGCUGCUGCAGGAGCAGAGAGGAUUCUGGGAGAAGCGCCUCGUCCUGUCAGAGCACGAGAAGCUGCGGAGCGAGGAGAGAGCCGGGGAGGAGCGGGCCAGGAUCUGCAGCCAGCUCUCCUCAGAGAAGAGGAGGAUGGAGGAGCAGCACGAGGAGGCGGUCCGUCAGCUGAAGGAGGUCAUACAGAGCUCCAACCUGCAGAUCGGCCAAUCAGAGGCCAGUUUGGAGGAGAUCCGAGGGCGCUGCGCUCAGUUAGAGGACGAUCUCAGUGCCUCCCACGGGCGGUGCUCCGAGCUGGAGGCCAGGCUGGAGGAGGCCUGUGCUCAGCUGGAGGAGAGCAUCGCCUUCCUGGAGUCUCACGAGCUUCUGAGUAAACGUCUGGCCUCAGAGAAGAGCUCGGUGGAGGAGGAGCUGCAGCUGGUGAAGGCCAGAGAGGAGCAGCUCCUGGUCCAGGUGAUCCAGCUGAAGGAGGAGCUGGGAAACGUCCAGGCUGCGUCCGACAGCAUCCAGCAGGACCGGGAGCUGGUGGCUGAUAACUGCAGCCGCCUCUCCAACGCCUUCAUCCAGCAGCAGGCUCAGCUCCGAGCCCGAGACCAGACUGUGAGCGCCCUGAGGUCUGAGCUGGAGAACCUGCAGGAGGCCAUGAGGACCAAAACCGAAUGUGUCUCCAAACUGACUGCUGAACUGGACUCGUUAAAGACGGACCGCGCCAGGCUGAUCCAGGAUCUGAAGGACCAGGCGAUGGCAGUGGACAACCUGCAGCUGGAGCUGGACGGAGUCUCAGAGGAGUUAGAGAGGAGGAGCAGCACCGAGGAGAGUCUGCAGGAGGCUCUGAAGCAGGAGCAGACCAGGACCUUGCAGCUCCAGUCCAGUCUGGAUGAGGAGAAGGAGGAGGUCUGUCGUCUGAGCCAAGAGAACAGCAGCUACACCCGGCUGGCCGACCAGCUCUCCACCCAGAUCGUAGAGAUGGAGGAGGAGAUCACCACGCUCAGAGACCACCUCAGAGACCUCAGCGCCCAGCUCAAUGGGACCGCAGACCUGGUCCUGGACCUCAGGAGGCAGCUCAACUCCAAAACCAGCGAGGUGGAUCGGCUCCGGGCCGAGGUGGCAGAUCUACGACAAGCCAAGUCGUCCCGUGAGAAGCACUGCAGCGACGUCCAGCAGCUGACGGUUCAGCUGAAAACCAAGGACGUAGAGCUGGACCGGGUCAGAGAGCAGGUCCAGCAGCUGCAGCGGGCCCUGCAGGACUCCCAGAACCAGCUGAGGACGACGGAGGAGGACUUUGAGCAGGAGAAGAGGAAGAUGACGCAGCAGCUGAUGGAGCUGGAGAAGCUGGUCCUGGCUCUGGAGGAGGUGAUGGACCCGGCCAGUCCACACAGGACUCAGCUGGAGGAGGUUCGAUCAGAGAACGGAGCUCUUCAGGAGCGACUGAACGUCCUGCAGCAGGAAGUCCAGAACCUGGAGGACGACGUCGCCAAGAAGAGGAGGAGACUGGAGGAGAUGGAGAGAGAGCACGAGAGGAGGAGAGAGGAAGAGGAGAGGCUGCACAGAGAGAACUCUAAGUAUCGAGAGGAGGUUCUGGAUCUGAGCAGCAGGAACCUGCAGCUGAGCAACGACAACGCCGAGCUGAGCGCCCGUCUCCGCGGAGACCAGGAGUCGGUCCGGAUGCUGCGGGAGCGCCUGGCGACCGUCUCCAAGGAGCAGGAGGAGGAGGGCGCUACGGUGCGGCGGCUGCAGGACGCAGCGCUGCAGCAGGAGAGAGAGAAGCAGCAGCUGCAGGCGUCCUGGACUCAGGAGAGACAGCUGCUGGAGACAGAGCUCAGCUGCUACAAGGACAAGCUGGGCCGUCUGUCGGAGCUGGAGGCAGAGCUCAGCAGUGUGACUCUGAAGCAGCAGUGGUUGGAGGAGGACAAGGCCAAACUGCUGAGAGAGGCCGAGGCCCGGAACGACAAGGUGGAGAAGCUGCAGCAGUCUGUUCUCUCUCUGGAGUCCGAGGCCGAGCUGCUUCGCUCUCAGCUCGCCGCCGUCAGUCGGGAGAAACUCGGCCACGCCCAGGAAGUGACGGAGCUGCAGAGGAAGCUGCAGGACGCUCACGACAAGGUGGAGGAGCUGGAGACCAGCGUCCGGAGGCUGACGAGGGAGAAGGAGGAGCUGCGUCGGGCCCAGGAGGAGCAGGAGGAGCAGGCCUCCAUCACUCUGCAGGAGGAGACCCACAGACUGAGAGUCCAGAACCAGGAGCUCCAGAACAAGCUGUCAGAGCUGCAAGUCCAGGGUCUGCAGGUCCACAAACUGACCCAGGAGCAGCAGAACCUGAAGACCAAACUGAGCGAGCUGGAGACGGCGCGGACGCAGGCCGAGGACCAGGCGGCGCGGGCCGACACGGCGCUCGGCCUGGUGCAGGCGCAGCACCUGCGGCAGCUGCAGGAGCUGCAGGAGCGGGCGGGCGACGGGCCCAGGGAGCAGGUGGAGCUGCUGCAGGUUCGGCUGCAGGAGGAGCAGAGGAGGAGUCAGCAGCUGGAGGAGACGCUGAGGAUCCAGGCCCAGCAGAGCUGCUCCCAGAUCAGCAUCAAACAGGAGCAGUACGAGAAGGCGAUGGCGUCCCUGCAGCAGAGGGUGGAGGACCUGGAGACCAAACUGAAGGGGGUCCGGAUGGUUCUGCAGGAGAAAGUCCAGCAGCUCAAAGACCAGCUGGCGAAGAACUCCAAGUCGACGGCGCUGCUGAAGGACCUGUACGUGGAGAACUCUCAGCUGAUGAAGGCUCUGCAGGUCACCGAGCAGCGGCAGAAAAACGCCGAGAGGAAGAACGUGGUGAUGGAGGAGAAGAUCAACGCCCUCAACAAGCUGCUCAGAGAGAUCGUCCUGGACGUCGCUCGCCACGUAGAGAAACACUGCUCUGAGAUCAGAUUCACUGAAGCAGCUUCAGCAGUUAGCAGGCUGUGGUUAGCCUAGCUUAGCUACAAAGACUGGAAGCAGAGGGAAACUGUUAGCUGUAGAGAGGUGACACACACACACACACACACACACACAUCAGUUUUUACCUGUUUCAGUCGACUGACGUCAGUGAGACGCAAAAACAACCUGAGGUUUCAGGAAUAAAGAUUAAAGAGUCAGUUACAAGAAGAAGAAAAAAAAUAAUAAGAAAAAGUUUUUAUCAGAAAAAGCCAAAAUAUUUCAAGAUUAAAAUCUUUGAACACAUCUGAUAUUUGGACUUUAAACUAAUUUCAAAAUAUAUUUCAGAAUAAAUGUUUGUGUUAAUACUAAAAUUCUGAAUUUAUUCCUGUAAAAUUUUUACUUUUCUCUGAAAAGUCUAAAUUCUUUUAAAUUCCUUUUCCCUAAAAUUAUAAUUUUAUUUCUUGUAACAUUAGUGUUUUUCUCAAUAUUUCAGAUUAUUUUCUUCUCUAUUCUUAAAUAAGACUUUAUUUAUUAAAAUAUUGUGAUUUUUGUUAAAUGAAGAAUAGAUUUUUUAAACUUCUUUCAGAGAAAAUUUUGUUUUUACCAGAAACAAAUAUUUUUCAUAAAAUUUAAAUUUUAUUCUCAUAAAACUUUUUCUCAAACUUUUGACUCUUUUCUUGUAACUGUUUUUUUUAUUCCUGAUAAAUCUGAAUCUGUCUCUCACACUGUUGCAGUAAAUCUUCACGCUGCGUCCAGGUGCGACGUCGGUGACUCACAGGUGAAGGUUGUUCAGCAGCUUGUGGGCGUGGCCUGUUGGAUGAGUCAUCGGCGUCCUCACCUGUGAUGAGGUCGCUCCUCCCUCCUGAAGCUGCUUCACAGAAACUGAACUUUUGUUUCUCGAUGAAGGAAAACCAGUCUGAGCACACACACACACACACACCUGUACAUAAACAGGUCGCACUACUCUGAAGUAUUUCAGCCAUGAGGGUAUUAUUAGAUUAUGAUGUUUAUUUUAUAUAUUUUUAUUGUUAUUUUUAAGGUCAAACUGAGACUUUUAUUUUUGUGGCGGUCAUAAAGAGACUUCCUGUCUGCAGGCAGCUGCUGGUUCUGUUUCAGUCUGUGUUUUUCCCUCAGAGUGAGACCUCCCACUCUGAUUUACUCUCCUUCCUGUUCAGGUGCAACAAACCAAAUCUCACCUGUCUGUGGACCAAAGACAGACGAUCUGUGUGUUCUCCUCCUGUUUGAUAAUGUCCAUGAAAACCACAAUAAAUGAUCUGUUUUUAUCUCA